AUGAAAAACAGAUGCCAAUCAACUAGUACCGAAGAAAAGAAACCGAGAAGAAAUUUAUUUGACAAUGCGAGCAACCUUCUUACUAAUCUGUUAAGUGGAGGGAGUCUAGGAACGAUGCCGAGGGCUGAAGGCGCUGUAUCUGAUCUGUUUAGCCGGCCUUUUUUCUUCUCACUUUACGAUUGGUUCCUGGAGCAUGGUGCAGUUUACAAACUUGCUUUUGGACCAAAGUCAUUUGUUGUUGUAUCAGACCCCAUUGUUGCAAGACAUAUUUUACGUGAUAAUGCAUUUUCAUAUGACAAGGGAGUCCUUGCUGACAUCCUAGAACCAAUAAUGGGGAAAGGGCUUAUACCUGCUGAUCUUGACACUUGGAAGCAGAGGAGAAGAGUUAUUGCUCCUGGGUUCCAUGCUUUGUUCUUGGAGGCUAUGGUCAAAAUAUUCACUGAUUGUUCAGAGAGGACCAUAUCAAAAUUCGAGAAACUUCUAGAAAUAGCUAAGGCUGAGGUUGUUGAGUUGGAUCUUGAAGCAGAGUUUUCAAGUUUGGCACUUGAUAUUAUUGGUCUUGGUGUGUUUAACUAUGACUUUGGGUCAGUGACUAAAGAAUCUCCAGUUAUUAAGGCUGUAUAUGGUACUCUUUUUGAAGCUGAACACAGAUCUACUUUCUACAUACCAUAUUGGAAACUUCCUCUAGCAAGAAGGGUGGUUCCCAGGCAGAGAAAGUUCCAUAAUGACCUUAUGAUUAUCAACGACUGCCUUGAUGGACUCAUCAGGAAUGCGAAAGAGACCAGGCAGGAGACAGAUGUUGAGAAGCUACAACAAAGAGACUACUUGAAUCUGAAGGAUGCAAGUCUUCUGCGUUUCCUAGUCGAUAUGCGGGGAGCUGAUGUUGAUGAUCGUCAGUUAAGGGAUGACCUGAUGACCAUGCUUAUUGCUGGCCACGAGACAACUGCUGCGGUUCUUACCUGGGCUGUUUUCCUGCUUGCCCAAAACCCUUCCAAAAUGAAAAAAACUCAAGCAAAAAUUGAUUCUGUACUUGGUCAGGGGAGAACAAAAUUCGAAUGUGUUAAGAAGUUGGAAUACAUACGGCUUAUUGUUGUGGAGGCUCUUCAUCUAUAUCCUCAGCCUCCACUGCUUAUUAGACGUUCCCUCAAAUCAGAUGUAUUGUCGGGAGGAAACAAGGGUGACAAAAAUGGAUAUGCCAUUCCUGCUGGGACUGAUAUAUUUAUUUCUGUGUAUAACCUUCAUAGAUCGCCCUUUUUUUGGGACCAACCCUAUGACUUUGAACCAGAGAGGUUCUUAAUGACUAGGCAAAGUGAAGGAAUUGAAGGAUGGGCAGGUUUUGAUCCAGGCCGGAGCCCGGGAGCAUUGUACCCUAACGAGAUCAUAUCAGAUUUUGCUUUCUUACCUUUUGGAGGGGGACCACGUAAAUGCGUCGGAGACCAAUUUGCACUCUUGGAAUCGGCUGUGGCUUUGGCACAAUUGUUACAGAAAUUUGAUGUGGAGCUGAAAGGAUCUCCCGAAUCGGUAGAACUAGUUACAGGUGCAACAGUGUUUAUCUCUCUUCCUCCUACAGGCUAUAACUGCCAGAGCCUGUUGUUCUGGAAGUUUCUUAAUUCUUUCCUUUGGCAGCCAAUAUAGAAUAUCUCCCCUAAGGGCUAAGGUGGGAUUCUGCAUGGAAAAGGAAAAAAAGAAAAAGGAAAAAUUGGGAUUCCUUCCUUGUAUAAGCAUAUGAUCCUUGUACUUUUGUUCCAUCUGUAUUCCAUUACCUUAGACAAAGGAAUCAUGACCCGUCACCCUUUAAAUUUCAAAA